AUGGCUUCAGACAAGGCGGUGCAAAAGCACGUGCCUCGAAAGGCGAAGAAUUUUGUCAACGCUUUUCCGAAUACAUUCGCCGAUGCAGCUCGAGUUAUACCGACGUACACUCCAACGGCCAGUAUCUUAUGGAUGGGUGAAGAAAAUGUUGACGACGAGCUUGAGGAGAGCCUUCCUCCAGAUGGUGAAGGACAAUUGGAUCCAAGCCAACCUUUGUCUCACAAGCAUAAAUAUCACAAGAGAUUGACAGAUGAAAAUAUGACGACGGUUAAGACAUCUUCGAAAUCUUCCAAGCCUUCGAAAACCAAGGUUAGGAAGUCCUCUGAAGAUAGUUUACAAGACUCGCACUUUGUCAAUAUCUUUCAAGGUAUACUCGCCGAUAAUACUCAGUCUAUGUCAAGUGACACUCCAAUAAACGAUCCGGGAUGGGUAAAGGAAGAAAGUAUUGAUGCUUUGCUUGACUUUAACCAAGAUUUCGACAUUGAAUGCCAGUCAGACUCUGGCCUACAUGCGUCCUAUAUGCGGGAGUUUAUGCUCGAUAUUGAGCCAGCGCAACGGACAGUCCGAGAGCCACAUUCAUUGGAACGAUUGAGACAGGCAUAUCGUUUGUGGGAAGCCCAAAUCGGAGGUCUUCACGAAACUUUGGCCAGGGUCGAUCGAAACCGGGGGGCUUGGGAGAAUUUCCUUCUCGAUCAGCCAAAGAACCACUGGAUACUUGCUUGUUUCGCUGCUAUGCAGAGCUACGAUGCCAUGUGUCCAGGAAAACAAAGGCAGCAACAAGAAAAUUGGAUCGAGGCGAGGCAAAAAUGUAAGAAGUACAAGAGGUCGCUCAAGUGGAUAGCGGAAAUGGAUGGAAGUGAAGUCGGGAUCGAUAAACAUUGUCAUAUGACGAUAAUGUGCUGGGACGAUGAAGACGAUGAAAGCGUUGUUUGGAUGACUGUACUGAGAUCAGCCAGAACUUCUACCUGGCUUGACAGGAGAACGAUCGAUUUCCAUACGUAUGGCAUAGACAUUAGGGAUGAGAGCUAUACAAAGUGUCUUUCGUGGGCUUCGGAUGCUCCUGCCACCAUCCCAAAAGAACGAUUCCUCACUUCUUGCUACGAAGAGGACAUAAUCUGGCUGUGGGAACAAGCCACCCACAUCAAAUAUGAUCUAGAAAGUCCGGUCUUACGAAUAAAAGACGCGCCCUCCCAAAGAUACGGGGCAGCAGGAGCACCGAUACCGCUAGUCUGGACCCCUACGCAGAAGUUCGUGCCAUAUGUUGGUCAGCCUCGUGAGAAUGAUGAAUUGUGGCUUCUCAAAGAGUAUUUGGAUAAUUUCUGUCCGAGGGCUGGUGAUUUUUGCACGGGAACCAAAGAGACUUUUCCUUAA